GAGAGCGAGCUGGCCAAGGAGAGAGCCUCCAACGAAGAAAAUAUGCGCGCCAAGGUGGCACUGGAGAAGCAUGUGUCGGAGCUGGGUCUCCGGAUUGCAGAUCUUGAGGCAGCCAAUCAGACCAACGGACCACGGUCUGUUAGCCAUUUCCAACAGAAGCUGGACGAGAAGACAGCACAGCUCGACGCGGAGAUCAGGAAUAGACAGGAGGCCUUGAGGGUACAGCGUCGAUCCGAGAGAAUGGUCCGGGACCUGCAGCAUCAGCUACUGGAGAGAGACAAGCUGAAGACGCGUCAAGAUGACGAUGCAGCCAAGAUGGAGCAAAAGAUCAAAGCGCUGCGGCAACGCGUGGAAGAGCUUGUGAUGUCGGAGAACAAUCUGACGAUUGCGAAGCGCAAGGCCGAUAGGGACUCGCUGGAGAAUAAAGAGAAAGCUGUCCGGUAC